AUGUCCGACUACACCGGCCCCGGAUUGUACGAAAUCCUGCCCAGAUAUGCUCCGGAGAUGAGCUUGAACGUCUGGGGCGCAGCAACGACAGCCGGCACGCAAAGAACCAAAAGCGCCGACAACACUCAUUUUGAGAUCGUAGCAGCAGGAGGCACGGAUGCCAAGCCCGAAAAAGGCGAUCGUGAAUACCACAUCAUCGCCGCCUGCUCUGGCCUCUAUCUGACUUCGGCCGGGCCAAAAGCUGGUUACAUCAAGACGGAGCUUCGCAAGCCGCUCGACAGCACCAUCCGCUGGAAGAUCGUGCACUGCGGAAACGGUUCUUACCGUAUCAACAAUGUCGAUGGGAAGACGCAGCUCAAUGUCGCUGGUGGUGGCAAGACCAGCGGCACCGACAUGAUUGGUUGGCAAUUUUCUGACGGCUCUGAGAACACGGAGUUCCGUCUCAUGGCUGUUUAA